UCCUUGGCAUUUUGCAGGUCAUUCUUUCUUCGCUUCUAUCUCCACUCUUUAUUUACGUUUCUCCGCUGCCGGCCAGCACGUUUUAUUCAAGAUGCACGCCCCUACCUUUGGACAGUUCCUUGUUGGAGUCAUUGCCGCGUCUUCGGCCGUCGCCUUCCAGGUGUCGACCCUGACCCGAGCUGGCUCCGCUCUUGCCAUCCUUGGCCCGGCUGUGGCCGUGGCUCUGCCCUUUGUUGGUGAUGUUCCAGCAAUCGAGGCUAGACAUCACAAGGGCCAGAAGCCCAAGGGCAACAACAACAACAACAACAAGGGAGCCCGCGAUGUUGAGGCCAGGCACCACAAGGGCCAAAAGCCCAAGGGUAACAACAACAACAACAACAACAAGGGAGCUCGCGAUGUUGAGGCCCGACACCACAAGGGCCAGAAGCCCAAGGCCAAUAAUAACAACGACAAGGGAGCCCGCGAUGUUGAGAUUGAGGCCAGACACCACAAAGGCCAGAAGCCUAAGGGCAACAACAACAACAAGGGAGCCCGCGAUGCCGAAAUUGAAGCUCGUGACGUCGAGAUCGAGGCCAGGCACCACAAGGGCCAGAAGCCUAAGGGCAACAACAACAACAACAAAGGUGCUCGCGAUAUUGAGGUUGAGGCUCGUGACGUCGAGAUCGAGGCCAGGCACCACAAGGGCCAGAAGCCCAAGGCCAACAACAAUAACAACAAGGGAGCUCGCGACAUUGAGAUUGAGGCCAGACAUCACAAGGGCCAGAAGCCCAAGGCCAACAAUAACAACAACAAGGGAGCUCGAGAUGUCUCCGAUGACGAGCACCACUUCGAUGAUGUUGAGGAGCGUGACACCAGUGACGUUGAGGUUCGCGAUGUCGAGAUCGAGGCCCGGCACCACAAGGGACAGAAGCCCAAGACCAACAACAAUAAUAACAACAAAGGAGCUCGCGAUGUCUCCGAUGACGAGCACCACUUUGAUGAUGUCGAGGAGCGUGAUGUCAGUGACGUCGAGGCUCGUGACGUGGAGCUUGAGGCUAGACACCACAAGGGCCAGAAGCCUAAGAAGGGCAACGGCAACUAAGCGUUGCAGUACUAUAUAUAGUUAGGCGGCAGUCUAUCGGCUUGCUUCCUGUUAUUCUUUGUACUCCUUGUUGCUGCGUUGUAAAACUAGGUAGUUUACUAGUCCCCCUCGCCUCGCCUCGUCUCGUCUUCGCAUGUCUCACCCUACACAUGCCGGGCCGGUGAAGGGAUCGGGCUGGACG